GCAAUAAAUUACUGCUUUGAUAUUUACGCAUGGAACAAUGAUUAGUCUGUGUGGAAGGUGUUGAAGUAUUUUGGAAUUUCACCGAUAUGGAGCGUACACUUUACUGUGCCGUUUGCCUCUUUGGAUCAUUUAUAGUUGUUUUCAGUCAACAGUGUGAUAACGGACAACCACUGCCUAAUGUAUUUUGUGGACGGGGCCCUUCAAGACAAGACUGUCCGAGUGGCUACUUCUGUAACAUAGAUCCUACAGACCGGUUCGCCGUCUGCUGUCCAGAAAGGGCUCCACCGAUCGCAACAUGUGACAUAGGUAAACCUUUACCCAAUGUGUUUUGUGGGCGUGGUCCUAACAGACAGGACUGUCCAAGUGGCUAUUUUUGUAAAAUAGACCCGGUCGAUAGGUUCGCCAUUUGCUGUAAAACAAAUAUCGCAAACGAACCAAAGUGCCAAAUUGGUGUCCCUCUGCCAAAUGUAUUCUGUGGGCGUGGUCCAAACAGACAAGAUUGCCCACGUGGGUAUUCCUGUAACAUCCAUCCUACUGAUAGAUACGCAGUGUGCUGUAGAAAUAGACGGCCACGAUUUUAUGGAAACUACCCACAGUGGUAAAUGUACUGAUAUGAAUAAAUGUUAAAUUAAAAACAAA